AUGGAAGAGCUUCUGUGUGAACGGUACAAGACGCAUUGGCACCCACAGAAUCCAUUGUUGGGCAGUGGGUUUCGAUGUAUUCGGAUAAAUCACUCUGCUAUGGACCCCAUCAUUCUUGAUGCAGCGCAUUUGACGGGGGUAUCUAACACAGAAUUGAGUGGCUUUCCCGAGGAAUUGACGGUGUGGAUCGAUCCCAACGAGGUUUGCUUUAGGAUCGGUGAGAAUGGCUCUAUCUGCGAUAUAAGCGAGGAUAUGUUAAAAGAUAUGACGUCGACACGAGCCAGAGAGAAGAACGCUCGGACAAGACAAGAAAAUCUACGAAAGAAGGAAAGUAUUUUACACUCGAACAUUAUCCAAGCACCGACAUGUGUUCAGUGUUAG